UGGGAUACUAUAGAUCAUCAUCGUCAUAUCCUUAUACAUAGCUUUGGAUCCAGGAGGGCAUUGAGAGUUUUGCGUGGCCACAGUCGAUUUCCACAACAUGGCCGACUCGGUUGAUCGAGUGUUUGGACAUGCGCUCAAUACCGUCAACAAGAUCCGCACAGGCUCGCAGAAGCCGCCCGUGAGCGAGCGUCUCCGCCUCUAUGGCCUCUACAAGCAAGCAAUGGAAGGCGAUGUCGCAUACGUGCAAGAACGCCCCAUCAGCGACGACAAGAAAGAGCAGGACAAAUGGGAUGCCUGGGCCAGCAACUCUGGUCUGACGCGCACUCAGGCAAAGAGGCAAUACAUUGAAACGUUGAUCAACACCAUGCACGAGUACGCGAGCGCGACGCCAGAGGCCAGGGAACUGGUCGCAGAGCUCGAGUUUGUCUGGGACCAGGUGCGGAAUAAUUCGAAUCCGAGUGGGAGCUCUGAUGCUUCGAGUCCGUUGCGCGUGCUGCACGAGCAGCGCUCUAGUUAUCCUGGCAUGGUGUCCAGCUCUGCCGCCGCUUUCGCGGAUGACGAUGUCGCGUCACGUCCGCUGCGAAUAUUGAGCCCUGUCAGCCAGGCGGACGAGGAUGAACUGCACGAAGAGCACGAGGAAGAGUUUGUUGACGCGCCGAUAAGUCAAUACGACGACACCGAGGAUCCGGCACUGGAUGCUGAAGAAGACGACGAGGACGACCAGUCUCCCACGCGAAGACUUCGCUCUGCGAUAUCAAACCCGCAGGACACACGAUGGCGGAAACGUAUAGAGUCAGCUCUGGUCAAGAUGACGACCGAAGUCGCCGCUCUACGCGAACAACUAGAAUCACGCAGCUACAUUGCACAACGGAGGAAACACUCCCCACUAGCUUGGAUACUACGAAUUUCUUGGUUUCUGGUCAAGCUGGUCGCUGUGGACAUGUUUAUCCUCUGGCUUGUGUUACUCUAUCUGCGCCGGAGGAAGGAUAGAAGACUCGAGGGCGCUGUUAGAGUCUUGCUUGGUGACGCUGUUGCACAGAUGCAGAAGGUGAGCAGUAAGGUCAAGGUGCCGACCUUGACAGGCAAGAAGAGCUAGCCUCUGAAAACUUCUUAUCACGAUUUCGACGAACACUUGUAUCAAUUUAUUGAUGAACUCAUCGUGCCGAAAUGGCAUGCGCACAAUCAAAGAUCAAGGAACAAUCGUUGUGAGAAAUUGAAUUUUUCGUAGUUUGCAUUAUGUGUCGUGAUAGAUAGCGAUGUAAACGCUUAGUCCUCCUUGAAGGGGCAUCCCUUUGCCGAACUCUCUGUUCUGGUCUUCUGCUCGACAAUCUCUGCUGUGAGCUUCAUGAGCCUGUCGGCCAUAGCCAUGUCUUGACCCUUCUCGCUGGGUGUCUCGUAGACCUUCUGAGGAGCAAUGUAGUUGCCACCAGUAUCGGCCAUGGUACCUGCAUACAUGGCAGAAACACAUCCUUCAAAUUGG